GGGUUGGUCUGUUCGGACCUGCCACUCUUGUAGUUCCUUGCAAUCCUUGCGCUAGCGGUUCGUACCGGUGAGCCAAUCUUUUUUUUACAGGCCAGUGCCUGGUGAGAGGACAGGCACAGACAAGGAAGCCGGAGGCGUUCGGGGCCAUCCCGUAUCUUGGAGGAUAUCAUGCCGAUCCCCUACCUUUGCAGACGAAUAAAGAUACCAAAGAAGCUUAUUCAAUACAAGCAACAGCAACGUACGGAACAUGAAUUCCACCGUCGGAAUCGAUUCAAGACGAUCGCAAAAUCACCACGAGCCUCACUUGCCAAACCCCUUGCUAGGUACUCUGCUUUCGUUGACGCACUAUGGCCCCAGCCCUUACCUGGACCUGGUGUGGACACUGUCGCUAAAAAGCUAAAGAACAGGGCUGCGGUCAUGUCUGAGCCCGCACCAGACCGCAAGAACCCCAAUGAUGCCUCUCUCAUGUACAACGCUUCUGUCUACAUGCAAGUGCAAGUAAGCACUAUGGCUGCGUCAUUCUAUACAACAUACCAAAAUCUUAGUCUCACACCGACAGCACGCUCUGCGUCGAUCUUCCCCUCCAUAUUUUCCUCUUUACACUUCUCAACACACCCAGUGGCCAUGGUGCCCUCAAGUUGGUUGCUGACGACGUCUGCUGAGUGCUCUGUGUCGCGCUGGUCUUCGCCUCCGGUGUUGCCGAGUUUGUCGCCUGUGGUUGCGCAGUUACAGAGGCAAACGUGGAGACAUCAACCUUGAUGCCAUGGGUUUGGUAAGAGCUGGGGGCAGCGGUAGUUUGGGCUUGUGCAGUGCUCCUGAUGGACGACAUGAUCAAUGUGGGUGUAGCAGCUUGUUCUUGGGCCUGCUGCGCCUGACCCUUAGCCUUCAUAUCAGAGCCAGAAAUCUGUAUAUCGGUCAAUUCACAUCCUCUGAUAAGACUCCAAGACAGAAGAUAAACGG